UUCUAGUAGUUUGCCCAACCAUGAAAGGUUCACGUUUAAUGCCUAAUAACCCUCCCUCUCACUCACUGCUUCAGGGCAGUUUUUCAAAAAGUUUUAAGUGAAAUAAAGGGAGAGGUGUGGCUUGUUGUGCAUCAGCAGCUAAUCGGAAGUACAUCUAUAAUAGAAAUGGCUCGACACAAGGAAAGCUCCCUGAAUGUUUUCUUGUCAUCUGCUCCAACUAUAAAGGAGUUAACUGAGCAUGUUGAUGUUGGUACUAACUGGUAUAUAGUUGGUACCAUGCUUGACUUGGAUCAGAGGCAAUUGCAAGAUAUUACUGGAAAAGCUGUCCCUAGCACUCACAAGAUGAUUGAGAUGUUCAAUCUAUGGCUGACCACUACUCCUACUGCUAGUAGGAGACAAAUACUAGAAGUAUUAAGAAUAAGAGUAGUGGGAAAGAACACACUCGCUGAUGAAUAUGAAAAACAUUUGAGGAAAUUACAUGGAACGACCUAUACACCACCGUCAACUGAGGCAAUUUCUAUCCUUCAAAGGAGUAUUCAAUCAUUGAAUGAAGCUCUUGUCUCUCCUGUACAAGUGUCUCAACUGUUAUACUGUAAGAGAUGUAUAAGUGAAGCUACUCUGGAUGAAAUGGAGAAAAUAGAUCAGAGAAAGUCACUGGAUGACAAGAAGACCACUCUAUUGACUGCCAUGCAAGAAACAGUGUCUAGCGACUACAGAAAACUUAAAGAUAUUGCUACAGUGCUGUCUGAUGUUGAAGAAACAAGAGAUAUAGCCAAUGGAAUUAUGACCAAAUACGAAGAGAAAUUUUCCCAUGAUGACAAUAGUACAGUAUUACAGCCAAAAGAGGUUGCAACGGGCAGUAAUGAAGAUCGUGCUAGUGAUAUAUUGAGGAAUAAUUACAGUGCACUCUCUCAGUCAAUUACUGAACCAGUUCGUAUGGCAAGGUUGCUUCAUGAAGAGGUUAUAUCUGAUGAGGCUCUGUCUUACAUUAUAUCUACCAGAGGUUCUGUCUCUGACAGUAGAGCAAUUCUUCUCAAAGCUGUACGAGAUGCUGUUCACUCCAAUUACAAACACCUGGAGUUGUUUGUUACUGUAUUAAGGAGGUUCUCAAAGACUGCUCAUUGUGGAGAUACUAUAUUUGAAGACUUUAAACACAAUUUUAACACUAAUGUUGAUGAUAUUGAAGAGAUGGAAACUUACUUAGCUGAAAAAGGAAUUUCAUCAAGUGACUCAGAAACUGAAGACUCAGCUGUUCUUGGUCACAAGAUAUCAUUUCCUCGUAAUAUGAGAAAUGAAUUUAAGCAAAUGCGGACAAAGUUUGGAUCAACUUUCUAUAAUAUACGGCAAAUUUUUUCAAAGAAACUGGCAAAAUCAUCAAAAGUUGUCAAUAAAAUGAAAGCAUUGCUUUCUGACUGUUUUCCUGAUCUUAAGUCUGAACUUUCUGUUGCUAAAACAGUUGAUGGAGUUCUAGAUGUGGUAAAGAGAAAAUGUAGCAUUGUUGAUGUUCAUCCUCUUGAAGUAUUAGCCGUUCAGUUUAAAGUAAAAGAAGCUGAAGACAUCAUCAAGGAACACAAAGAAACAGCUAAAGAAUUCUGCAAGUCAGUAACUGUGAGUCUUUCCAAAGAUGAAACAUUACAGUCAAUUUUAACACGAUAUUUGCUAUGUGAAACCAUAACCUUUGUCCUGAACUGGGAUCCUGAUAAAACUACACUGCAAGAUGUCAAUGAUGUACUGUUGGAGUUAGAGCUCAUACAAAAAUAUGAAAUAAAAGUAGUUAGAACUCAUAGUGGUCGAUCAGUUGUAGUGAACUGCUACUGCCCUGCUGUAUACACUGGCUCACUGAUAAUUGCUGUCCUUGAUAAGAUAAAAUACUACAAAAGAGAGGAUUGAAGGAAUUUCUGGUAGGCAACUGCAUUAUAUGGGAUGCUACUCAGGUAGUGAGUGAGAACACAUCAGAGAUGAAGAAUUUGCUUGUACAGAUUGAUGAUUUGAAAGCUGCUUUAAAAGAAAGAGAUGAAAAAAUAAUGGAUUUGGCAACAUUUAAGGAAUUAUCAGAAAAUAGAUUAAAAGAAAUAGAAGCCUUACAAAUAAGUCUUGAAGAGAGUCAAUAUGUAAAUGUUCAAAAUGAAGAAGUGAUUAAUGAAAUGAAGGAGAAAAUUUCAACGCUAAACAGAGAAUUGAAUCAAUUAUUAGAAGAUUUUGAGAAGAAGUUAACAUCCUGGAAGGACCUGUCAGAGAAACGACUGCAAGAAAUAGAACAAUUGAAACUGAAACUUGACAUACAAGAGGAUGGAGAGAAUGGAGAGGUGCAGUGGAGCAAUGAUGAUGUACAUCUUCUUAAACCAUCAGUAGAUCAAUGCAUGGAGGUGAUAUGUGAACUAGAGGAGGAACAUGAGGUUGUCACACUCAUAUCCUCAUCAUCUGAAAGCAUACAGUUCCUAAUACCAGCUAUUUUGGAAAGAAGAACAGUAAAAAUGCUUAGUAUAUUCUCCUCAUUCUUAACACGUGAUGAUAUCCUUUCUUUUUCUUCUCAACUAUCAACAAACCAAUCAUUAACAACUCUAAACCUAAUUGAUGGCUCAAUGAGUGAUGAUAAAGUCACCCUACUAGCACAAUCACUACAAUAUAAUGAAACACUUCAAUACUUAAAUCUUCAAUAUAAUCCUUUAACUUCAACCAGUGCUCAAUCACUAGCUGAACUUUUACUCAUUAACAACACUCUCAGUUCCCUAUGCCUUUACAAUACUAACAUUGAUACUGAUGGAGUACUGGUACUGAUGGAAUCUCUCAGGACCAAUAAUACACUAAGGACACUUGGGCUAGAUGGACAACAUCAAGAAACUUGCUAUACUUUACCUUAUUAUGAACAUAUAAAAACCAGAAUUAUCUUUUCGUAGUCACUAAUUUUAUACAUAAAGUGAAGAUGAGUUUAUUAUGGCACAUGGCUCUCAAAACAUCAA